AUGAUGAUACUCCUCUUCCUUUGCCUUUUCCCCUUGACCUUGGCCGAAGAUGUCUACGAUGCGAGAAACUUGACGGCCAUGGGCGCCAAACACCCGUUGUGAGGCUCUUUUCUUUCGUUUUAUUUUUCAUUUUCAGUAAGUUUGUUUGAUAUUCUCAAUAAAAUCUUCCGAUUUCAGAGUCCUAGAAAUUGGCGAUGAGCUGAGUAAGUUGUCAGUUUUCGUUGUGAAAUCGACGUUAAUCGGGUUUUAAAGCCUUUUAUUUUUAGCCGAAAUUCGUUUCGAACUGUUGGGCCCGGUUUUCAUCGAACUUCAUCUAGUCAUCCUCUUCUCAAACCACACAGAACGGAAUUCGUAAGCCUCAAGGUAGACUAAAAAAUGCGUUUUUUCAGAGGAUAUGGGGGGUAUCAAACGUUUCCAGAGUUUCGGCACUGCAAGGACAAUGUGUUCGGAUUCUUGUACGACAAAACCGGCGAUUUGUUUGGUACGUUUUGAAACUCCCAGAUUCUUUUUCAAAUUUCGCGUCUACACUGUAUAGAGCAUCUACACCCCACGUCAAACUGAGAUAAUCUAAAACGGUCCGGUGAAUGGAGAAAUUCGCAAAAAAAAAAUAAAAAAAGACGCGAAAAAACCUUUUUGUCGGGGAAGAAAUGGGGAAUUUUUGGGGCGAAAGAGUACGCUUUUAUGUGUCUUUUUUCUCUCUUUCUCUGCGAAACCAAGACGAAGUGUAAAAAACCGAUAGCGAAGAGUCUAUUCCGCUCAUCGGACUCCUCAGUUUGACGUGCUCCCUGCAUAAUAUUCCCUGAAAAUUUUGACUCGAUAUGUUUUGUAACUCCACUUUUAGACCGACCAGAACCUGAACACAUGACAUGCGGAGAUUUCAAUGGCCAAUUGAUCUCGCUCCCAGUCAACAAGGCCAAUCCCGGCUGGUUCACAUUGAGCUUGUUGGUGACUCGGCGUGGCCGGGUAUACGGUAAUGGAAAGUAUGUGGGCACACUGAAUGUGCGCCCGUUUCUGCGCCGCCUCGAAAACGGUCUCGAAGCGUUUUUGUUGAAUUUGCAUAAUCUGAAGAAGGCGAAAUUGUAUUUCCAAUCGGAUCUGGUGGUGAGGGGAGUGAGCGGCGGCGAAGAGAUCAUCAAUGGGACAAGUGUGAACACCACGGAAAGCCCUGUACCAGGUCCGUCACAGGCUGCAAUUGACUUUUAUGAUUAUUUUGCCCUUUCGGCCUCGCUGCUCAUUGCUUUGAUGUAAGUUGGAUACUGUAGAAGUACUGUAACCUAGUACAAUAUAAUUGAUAUGUCCUGCGUUUUAGUGGCAUGGUCCUCUCGAGCAGUGUUGCAACCGGUUGGGCCUGCUGUAUCUUGCGAUCGGCAUAUUCGGAAGGCGUAAGUUUGAGUACAACAUUAUGCCAAUUUUCGUGAUGGAACCAAAAAUUUACCAAAAAAAUUGGCUCCUAAUGGAGCUGCUAUGUUUUAGCAGAUGAUUGCCAACCUUUCUUUAUCACUUUUUUACGAUUUUUUUGCAGCAAGACCAACUAGCCGACGAGAAAUACUUUGGCGAACAUGUUGUACUACCCAAGACCAAGACGGUGAGUACGAAGAGUAAGAGAAGCAAGAAGGACGCGAAAAGCAGCAGGGCCAAGAGCAACAAGGAGAGCAAAGCCGGCGGCACCAAGUCCACUGCAGGCGAGGAUCAGAAGAGCGAUUACAAAACGGCCCAUGCUGGGGCGAACCAGAACAACAACAAGAGCUCCUAUGUGACCGCUGAGGAUGCCGAGUCCAAUAUUCAGAUAUAA